AGCGCGCUUGUCUCGUUGUUUAGAAUUUGGGUCAUCUUCUCUUCUUUGUGUCGUCAUUGCAAGUCCCGCGGUGCCAUAGUGAUCCCGUCGUCGCCGUCAUCUGCUUCACGAUUCUCUCCUGCGCAGCCUUUGCUCGCCUUUUCCCCAUUCUCAGACCGAUAGAUUCGUUUCUUGAGGAGUUUAUUGAGGCUGUUCCGCAUGGUUCGGCGUUGGUCGUGUCUCCUGGUGUUCGAGUUAUGGUGUUUGCGGUAGAUUUCCUUGCGAGACCCCUGGAACUAUCUGCACCAAACGCUGCUGUUUUAGUUUGUAUUUUUGGUACGAGGUUAACUUGGAGUUUCGUGAGAACCUUAUUCACCUGGUUGGGUUGCUUGUGGCAGAGGUUGCACUGAGACUUUGUAGAGAAUCGUGUACGUGAUUGUGCAACUGUUUCCUGGUGUUCUGAGCUUCAUUCGUGCGUUGUGAGUGUGAUUCAGGCGUUCAGGUUGUUGAUCGAUUCAUACUCUUGUGAGUGACCGCUUCCCUCGGAAUGGCGCGUCCUGGGGAGUAUCAUCAACGAGGGCCGUCCCCCUGGGUGCCCGCCAUAAUUCUUGCCUUUGUUCUUCUCGUUGCAAUUGCGUACAAAGAGGCGCCGAAACCCACCAUGCAAUGUCGCAGUGUGUCAUACCAUCCACCGAAGGAGAAGCCAGCUCCCUUCCUUCCUUCUCUCAUGUGGGUGCCUAUCGCAAUACUUCUCUGGUUUCAGUUUUUUGCAGGAAACUCCAGGAGUCCCGUAUACGGUCGCCUUGGCGCAUCGGAAAGGAGGAUCGGCGCUUCCUAUGGCCCUGGUGGCCCCUUAGUGUACUGCAACAUCCACCACGCUCGCAACCGGAACAACCAGCCAGGCACGAUGUCGAUAUUGCUAGAUUAUGGAGCUCACUGGUUGCUCCUCCUGCUGGGAAUCUGGCUUUACACAUCGUUCGGAGGCGAGUCAUCGCCAGAGCCAGCUACUACGGUCUAUCGUCAAUGUUCGACUAUCGUCCGGAGGUAGUGAUGUAGGCCAUGGCGUAGACUAGACAAAUCUGAACUGGAAGUCCUUAACCUAGCUUGUUAACCUGCACUUGCACCGGUCGAGACAGCAUCCGAGAUUUUGAAUAAUUGUUGCCGACAUGUGUGGUCCUGUGUGAGUGCGACGCUUUCAGGCGGCACCGAAUUCACCAUUCUUUGUGAUCAGAACGAGUUGUAUGAAUCGAAAGUUAUCUGUUUUAUGUGUUUA